ACUAAGCUCUAAUCACUGAUAAUGUUUAUAUACAUAACAAAAGUGCAACAACUGUUUAUUCGUUUUCCACCCUUCUGUUAUUGUUUGAUAGCAGUGUAGAUUGCGUGCGUACUAUAUUCAUAUCUUUCAGUAGCGCUGUAUUCAAAGUCACUGCAAUACUAAUUACUAAAAUGAUUGCGACGUGUUAAAUGGGUACAUCAGUUUGAUUACAGUUUGCAGCAGCUAUCGAAAACGCGAACAAUCAGUGCUUUGGACAUUAAACGGUGUAUCUGACGCAUCUUCACUUGGUGAAUAAGUCAAGUGCAAUGAAUUAGAGGAAUUAGAAGUUAUCAACUAUAUAAAAACUGCGUAGCAACGGUCCUUGGUGAAAAAAAUGGUAAAGGCUAACUGGAGAUGACAGUGAUUAUUUACUAAAGUGCAGUGUGCAAGCAAACAUUGAAGAAAAAAUGGAUGAAACUGAGCAGAGUGCGCAGCAAGAGAGCUCGACCAGUGUAGACGAUCAUCACAACAAAUUCGCGAAAAAGUAUCGCUAUUUUAUCUUGGAACCUGCUAUUCUGUUAUUGUUCUAUGCAUGGAAUGUCUCAUCUGCUGUUUUUACGAACCAGAUUGUUUAUCAAUCAUGUACGGUGACCCUCGGCAUUGCAGAGGAGGAAUGUGCCUUACUAGGAACGGAAAAUGAAACCGAAGCCACCCAAGAGCUGGAAAAAAUGGUUCAACCCUAUACAACCAACAUCCUGAUGGCUAAAUCUCUCAUUGAAUCCAUCAUUCCUGCCCUGUGCAGUAUGUUCAUUGGACCGUGGUCGGAUAAAUAUGGUAGAAAACCGGUUUUAUUGGCGACUUUCACAGGAUCUCUCUUCAGUUAUUCGCUGCUGGCACUAAUUUGCUUUCUAUCCGGACGAUACGUAGUCGACCCUUGGUAUUAUAUACUAGCCUUUAUUCCUGCUGCAUUAUCCGGUGGAAAUUGUGCCCUGAUUACUGGAGUAUUUUGCUAUAUUACAGAUGUGACCAAUGAACAAAACCGUGCUGUCAAAAUGGGUGUCCUGGAAGCGGCUCUGUUCGGCGGUUUGCUACUUGGAACCCUUAGCAGCAGUUUUAUACUCCGUUGGUCAAAUUCCACUACGGUGUUUGCUAUUGCCGCCGUGGCAAUUUUACUGGGAAUUCUAUACAUCACUUUCUACAUUGACGAAAGCAUACAACCAAACGAAAUGGACAAUUCGUCGUGCAAACUGCGGGAAAUUUUCCGUUUCGAGCUUGUCUCGGAUUUGUUUUAUACUUGUUUUAAGAGAAGACCGAAUUUUGACAGGGUCAUAAUUUGGUUGGUGAUCACCGCUUUAGGAGCCAGCAUAUUUGCGAUGGAGGGCAAUGGAACGGUCAAUUUCCUGUUUCUUCGAGAGCGGUUCGAUUGGACUGUCAAGGAAUACUCGUUCUACGAUGCCACAAUUAUAGUGUUCAUGAUCGUGGGUAAUAUUGUUGGCAUGUAUGGAGUAAAGAAGUUCUUCGGAUUAUCCGAAAGCAUCCUAGCGGCAAUUGGAUUUUGCAGCUAUGCCAUUGAUAGCGGUAUAAAGGGCGUAGCCUACCAACCUUGGCAUCUCUACCUAGCUAUCGUUGUAUCGAUGAUGAAGGGUAUUGCUGGUCCAAUGGGUAGAGCCGUGAUCUCCAAUACUGCACCUCCAAACGAUAUUGGCAAAAUUUUCUCACUAACAACGUCGAUCGAGUCACUGACUCCGCUAAUAUCAGCUCCCGUGUAUACGUUUGUAUACAAGAAAACACUCCCAUGGUUCCCGGGAGCGUUCAAUCUCAUCAGUGCGACCGUGUACUUUUUCUGUUUGUGCCUGAUGAUACUCGUAAGAAUAUUCGAAGGGAUGUAUCAACCGACUACUUAUACAUCAAUUAACUGAAAGCAAUAAAAUUGCAAUAACAAGCGUAACGAUAUGAUAGGUUUUUCAUACGAAAAAUAUUUUAGUAUAACUAUAUGAUAUUUUAUUUGUUUUAUUAACAAAAUCGGUAA